CGCCCGGGGUGGAGCGGGGGGGACGGGACGAGCCCACUGUCUCCGAGCGGAGGCUUGUUGCAGUAUUAAAAUAAUAACGCGAGAGUUGCAAGUUGCUUCCCUCUUCCCCGACCGUAAAACUGUCAAAGGUAGCCGGGAAGGGGGGCGCGGGGGAUCGCGCAUGAGCCAGCGCCGCCUCGCCCGCUCCAAGCGCGCGUGUGUGUGUAUGUGCGUGCGGGGCCCUGGAGAGCUCGCCACAAGCACCGAGAGAUGGCGGAUUCAUAUUCCUUCAGAGGUGGAAGGAGAGCUGCAGGGUCCAGUAAAACCAGUGCAAGCAAAGAAGGCAGCAGGACAGAGAUGAGGGUAAAUCCGACUCCUGAGCCCCCCAAGCUGGGAAAUGCAACCAGCGACAAAACAGAAGGCAAGAAGAAAGGGAGACCUAAGGCAGAAAACCAGGUGCUGAAAGACAUUCCUCUGCCCCUGAUGAACCAGUGGAAAGAUGAGUUCAAGGCCCAUUCCAGGGUGAAGUGCCCCAAUUCAGGCUGGCUGGAGUUCCCCAGUAUUUACGGCCUGAAGUACCAUUAUCAGCGCUGCCAAGGGGGGGCGAUCUCGGAGAAGCUGACUUACCCUUGCUCUUACUGCGAAGCUGCCUUCACAUCCAAAACCCAGCUGGAAAAGCACAGGCUCUGGAACCACUUGGAUAGGCCAGUACCAUCUAGCAAAGCAGAAAACAAAGUGCAGAAAGCCGUGGGCAAAGCCAGUGGCAAGAAAAGAGCUGCUGAGAGUUCAGAUUCCCCCACCAUCCAUCCCAAACAGGCAAAGGUGGAGAAGACUGUGGUCCAGGGGCUCCCCGAGAAUGGAGAGUGCCUGGUGGAAAGCAGGAAGAACAAAGUAUUUCAUAUCACGGCAGUGGAGGCAGUAGCAGCAGCUACCCCGAUGGCCAAGUCUUUGAGCUGCAAGGAUCCCAAACAGCAAGGGGGCAUGCAGGCUUCCCUCCAGGAGGAGGACCCAGAGAGGAUGAAGCAUAGAAGGAAACAGAAAACUCCUAAGAAAUUUACCGGGGAGCAACCGUCCAUCUCGGGGACAUUUGGAUUGAAAGGCCUGGCAAAAGCAGAGGACAAGGCAAAGGCCCAUCGAGCCAAGAAACUGGAGGUGACCAGCAGCACGGAUGAGCUGAAAAAGAAGCCGCCAGGAGCCAGUGUGAAAAGGGAGGCCGUCGCGCAUUUAUCCUCAGCAAACCCAGAGGAUCAAUGGCAGCGGGAGAUCAAUGAGAAAGGAGAAGUUGCCUGUCCUACAUGUGGCAUUAUAACCAGGAAAACCAUUGUUGGGCUCAAAAAGCACAUGGAAGUCUGUCAAAAACUGCAGGAUGCCUUGAAAUGUCAACACUGCAAAAAGCAGUUUAAGUCCAAAGCUGGGCUCAACUAUCACACCAUGGCUGAGCAUGUCAACAAGCCUGGUCCCGUGGAAACCACUGGAGUUGGUGAACAGGAAGAGCGGGAAAGGCUGAGGAAAGUGCUAAAGCAGAUGGGGAAACUGAAAUGCCCCAACGAGGGCUGCACAGCCAACUUCUCCAGUCUGAUGGGGUACCAGUACCACCAAAAAUGGUGUGGGAAGCAUCCCUCUGAAGUGGAGAAGCCCAUAUUCACCUGCCCACAUUGCAGGAAGAAGUAUAAAUCCAAGGCGGGACAUGACUACCACGUGCGGUCAGAGCACACUUCUUUGCCUCCCGAAGAGCCAGAGGUGAAGCCAGAGGCCACCCCAGUAGAAGAUUUUGAAAGGACUCCUAGUGGUAGAAUCCGGCGCACAUCAGCCCAAGUAGCGGUCUUCCACCUGCAGGAGAUAGCUGAGGAUGAACUGGCCAAGGACUGGACCAAACGAAGGAUGAAGGACGACCUGGUACCUGAAACUAAGCGACUAAAUUAUACCCGGCCGGGGCUUCCGAAGUUAAAUCCGAGGCUGUUGGAAACCUGGAAAAAUGAAGUGAAGGAGAAAGGAUACAUCAACUGCCCCAAUAACAGCUGUGAAGCCAUCUACUCCAGCGUUUCUGGCCUGAAAGCCCACCUGACUAACUGCAACAAGGGAGACCACUCUGUUGGGAAGUACCGGUGCCUUCUCUGCCAGAAGGAGUUUAGCUCAGAAAGUGGAGUCAAGUACCAUAUCAUCAAGACUCACUCAGAGAACUGGUUCCGAACCUCUUCAGAGGCUGCCCGGAAAAAAAAGAAGAGGGACCAGAUUUCCUCCAGCCAGGAGGAGAAAACGAAAAGCACAAGUGGGAAGAAAAGGGGGAGAAAACCCAAGGAAAGGCCCCCGGAAACAUCUCUGAAAGGCAAAGAGAGCACGGCAACAAAGACUAAUCUUAAGAAAGCCACAGAGCACUGGGAAGGGUCCAACUGCAGCCCCGAAGGGAGAGAGAGAGGCACCAAGCUGCCCACCAACAGGAAAGGGGGAGCCAGUAAGAUGCCUGAGAAAUAAGAGGUUCAGAGACUCUCUGAGGAUUAGUUUACAGCCCAGGGUAAUGGGGUGGGCCCCCCCUCUCCCCAGUUUUCUCUUCCCCAUCCCCUACUCAUCCGUUUUGUUUUAAAAACAAAAACCACUUUAAGCAAAAUCACAGACCGUGUUUCACACUGGAAAAAAAGAAAAUUCUGCAAUUGUCCAUCCAUCACCCCCGUGCACAUGCCCGUACCCCUGGAAUCCCUUACACACACACACACACACACACACACACACGUGCACUUGUGUGUUCACUCGGGCUGCACAGCUUUUCUGCUGACAUGUCACAUAAUGCAGCCAAACCCCUGCAAAGCGGGACCCACCCGCCUCCCCGCUGACUGUUUCCUUCAGAUUCUGUGCGCUGAACCGGUGAUGCUUGAGCAAGAGGAAAGUGCAAUAGAGGCAGGGUGUAAAGGCUUUUUAUUUGGGAUUGCUUGUCGGAUUGCAAUGCCAGCAUAGGAACCUGAUUGGUUUCUUUUUGGGUGGGACUGGGGAGGGAGGAAAAUGAUCUUUUAGACACUGUCUGUACCACACCCACAAACAGUGCUACAGCCGGUGGCUUGUUAGUUUUGAUGAACUAGGGUUGGAGUUGAAGAGGUGUCUCCAGUGAAUAGGCUUUGGCUACCUGUUGCAGUAGCUGGUGAGGCUUAGAAAAUGUCAAUCCCGAAGCCAGAUGCAGAACAUGGUUAUAGCCAGGAUCCAAAGCAUAGCGCCCUUAGGAAAGAUUUGGGGUUUGUAAGGCAAGCUGGUGCACCCACCCGGAAGAGCCGAAGUUAAGUCCAUUUUGUUUCUAUGAAUGAUGCUACUGUUGGAUUCCCAAAGGGAGAGCUGUAGCUCAGAAGCCCACCUGUCGCUUCCAAAAGAUGUCGUGGAUCCGAGCAUUUAACCCAUGUUCUGUUGGUUUCAUGGCCUGGCCAAUGUAUUGGGCGUGGUUUCUUCUCCACCAUUAGGAUAGGCAGGUGUGGUGACCGUAGGUAGCGGUGAGUUUGCCGUAGCACAAGGCAUUUGUCUGUUUUGGCUGUUGUCGUUCACAAGUAGCAAAGAACGCACAGCGAGGCAAAAAACAUGCCUGUGGGGCAUGAGAAAAAGAUCAUGACUGUCAGAGGUGCAGCGCACUUGUGACUCCAGCGAACGUUCACUGAAGCGCAGGUGCUCAGCACCUCUGGAAAUCAGGCUCAGUGAAACCAGUCCCAAGGAAGAGUUUUUAUAUGGGGGGGAGGAGGGGCAUUUGUUUUAUUUUUUUAACUGAAGGCCGGGCAGUUGCAAAAUUAUCUGAGCUCCAUUGCCAGAUUGAAGGGGAGAAAAACCCUCUGGAUUCUGAGAACUUUUCCAGACUUCUUUUUUAAAAUGUACAUCAAUAUAAAAUUACUGUAUCAAAUUGAUACUGAGCUAUUGGUACAAAUAGCCCGUUAGCAACAGAGCUGGGUGAUUGCUGCAGAAAAUAUGCAUGGACAUUUCUUUGAAUUCCCCCUUUCUGUGCUCACUUUCUGCUGGCAGGAAUGUUCACUACAAGAGCAAAUUCUGUGGAGGAUUGGCAGAAAGAGACUUUCAAAUUCAUAAUCAUGAGCCUUCACCCCAGACAGCUGAUUCUAAGAGUGAGGCUCAUUCAGUCACGGGUCAGAAACAAACCACAUGACCUAUCUGUCAGAUCAAAUCAGCUCCACGUUUGAAUAUUGAAGACUCGCAAAGACACAAGAGGGUGAAGAACUUCUGAUAACUAAUCCAUUUGAGAACAUUGUGAGAUGUUCACGGACAGAGAAAGAGGCAAAAUUCAUCCAAGUGCUCUAUGAAUUAGUCACCCAGUUCUGUUCACUAGGCCAAUGAGAUCUCUCCAGCCUGAAUUUGGUGCACUGGAUUGGCACCAAGUGACAAUCACAGGUCAUGCUUUAUAGUCACACCUCCGUGGCUUGAUGGAUGCACUCCUCUCUUGGCUUGUUCUCAGCUCCCUCCCUUUGGGAGGAACAUGCUGCAGCCCUGGGGAGCAGCCUCUGAUCCCCUGAAACUCAUACUGACCUCAGUUCAUCUUCCCAAUUUGUCAUUACUGGGAGUCCCUUUUAAACAAACACACUUGUUUUGCAUUCAUAUUUCCCUGAGCUGAAAUUCUCAGAACACCUCACUCUGGGCUGGAGGAGAAACUUCCCCAGAUCAAAGUCCAUCGGCUUCUAGACAAAAACCAGGCUACCUCGCUUCUUGAUAAAUACAUGGGGCAUGCUGCAGUUCAUAUCACAAGGAGGCUUACCAGAGCAUUUUUGUAACACAUUUUUCACUUACAAGUGGAACAAAGCCCAAGGAGCUUUUCCCUCAUUUGUUCCCAAUUGCGGAUUUUGGAAGGUUACGUUCAGGGGGGAAAAAAUCUGCUUAUUUAGUCAAUUAAAACCUUGACCUUCACUUUGCUUCACUGCAUUUCACAGCCUGUCCUCCAUCCCCUCGAUUCUUAGUAUUUUUUCAUGCUCUGAGGAGCCAUUCAGUAAUAAUUAACGUCCUUCUCUGGUGACACAUUAUUACCUCCGCAGAGAUAGAACCGUCUACUCCUGAUGUCAUGUCAACUCCGCUGGAGAAUCCUUGCUUAAGUGCCCACCAUAUAUCUUGACAGCUGAAUUAAAAUGUGUGCAUUUCCCCUGGUAGCACUACUAAGGAAGUGUGGCUAAAGCCUCCGCUACUUGCCCCUGAAAACUGUGGCCUAAAGAUAAAAUCCCUCCCUUGCAUUUGGCCGUUGUUUACGGAACAGCCGCAUUUUAAAGCAAUUAGUGAACAAAUUUAAUUAACCGGCACAUCUGGUCCUGUUUGCCUUUUGGGUGUCAUCUGUUCUGUUGUUUAUCUUGUUGUCAGUAGCGCAAAGUACAGACCUUAUCCCCCAGAGGAAGAGAAUGCUUCUUAGUAGCCAAAAGGCCUGCGAAUCCCUAGCCUUUGCUACAGGAUAAACUGGAGCUAAAUUUCCUCAACUUUUCAGUGCAUUACAAAGAAAGUAGGAAAAAGAUGAGUAGUUGAAAUUUUGCAAUCGUUUUGGUGAUAUUCUAGCCAGACAGAGCUCAACGGUAGGGCUGCCUGUUUCAAACGGAGUCAUCAAAGCAGUAAUUACCAGAAAACCAUUUGCAUUGAGGGUUAUUAUUCCCAGAGUGGCGAAACGCUGUUAAGCUGUAUCCCGCAGGGAGGCGCCAUCCUGUCAUUGUUCCAUGCUACUAUUGCCACUUGCUAAAAGGUCCUGGAGUAGCAGUCGCAUUCUGCCGUGCCCUUGCAGGAAUGGAACGCAACGCAACGUGAGAAGGGCUGUGAGAAGUAACAGGGCCUCGCGUUUUCAAAAAGAGCACAUCCAGUUAUGCUUCUAAAUCCGUACAUAGGCUCCUAAAUAAAGUGACCUGAUUUCUCAACCGUGCUGAGCACCCAGCUCCCGUUGACGUCGGUGGACGCUGCUGGAUGCUCAGCAGGUUUGAGAAAUUGGGUCACUUUAUUUCGGAGCCUAAAUCUGGACUUUAGCAGCUUGAUUUCAGGCACCCGCUUUUCAUAAUCUCAGUGAGAAUUGUUUGAAUAGUUACAGAUUAAACACCAGCUGGAAGAUGUUCAGAUAAGGAUGCUGACACAGCAGAAAGCAUGGCUGAAAGGAACAGAGGAAAGGAAAGAGGCAAGGAGAACGCCUACCGCAUGGUGGCACAUACAGUACAAAUAGCAAGAUUACACUUUAAACACAAUUGGUAUUGUGUAGGCCCAGACCUUGAAAAACAUGGGUCCCAAUGCACCCUUGCUGCACCCUCAAACCCCGCAGGUCUGAUUGUGCACAUUGGCUGUCACACAGCAUGAUUGCGUAUCUUGUGCAUGCUUCUGUACACAUGCUUUUGCAAGGGCACCCACAGCCACCUCCUUUAAAGAAGUGAGCCCAUAGGCCCAAAAUCUUCCCCUCAGCCCAAGUAAACGGGCCAGGCAUCGAGGACUCUUCAAGGAGGAGUGCUCUUCUCAUCGCACCUGAGCAGCUACUCAAGGCUAAUGGCUCUUGGCUCCAAAUCCACAGUGUCCUGCUCUUCUAGGAGACUUCACCGAUCUGGGCUGUGCAGCAUGUCUGGGGUUCCAAUGGUUGGGCUUCCCUUUGCACGGGGUUCUGUGCACCCCAUGGAAGAGGAGGCAGGACUGGCUCCUUAGUAUUGGAAACACCUUGACCUUAAUUUUUAAUGACAGUCGCACGUUUUUCAUUAAUAGAAUUGCAGGAGGACACUUCAGUUUUGUGAUGUCGCAGAUUUACAAACUAAAGCAGCUUUUGUCAGAUACUCUCAACAUGAGGGGAAACGCCAGCGCCACUUCGGGGGUCUCGCCCAGCUGUUUGCAAUUCAAAAUGGGAUCUUCUGUAUAGCCACUGACGAGGGAGCUCCUCUCAUACGGUCCGGUACAGUCUCUCCUUAGGCCUUUCUCGAGUAUGGAAUGGGUUGUGAUUAGACAGGGGGCAUUGCAGUUGUUUAUAUCUAUGACAUGGGCAUGUCUGAAAUAGGCCUGAGCCACAGAAUCUGGAUCUGAAGCCAGGUCUCCAAGGCUUCUGUGUCUGGGGGUCCCAUUUGCAUCUGGGGGCUCCAUAUGGUCUGUUAGAGAGUGGAAAUUUAGAACCGAGUUCCAACUGGGAACUUUCCUAAAGUUUGGGGGCUAUUUGGAUCUAAGUUUUGGCUUCUGCCCAUUUCUGAUUGCACAGUAUAUGUAAGUGACAUACAUCCGCCCCAGCUGUGUGAGCAUCACCCAGCUAAGGCCUGAAAACGUAGAUCAGCACUAUUCUCAGUGACAGCUGAUGGGGGAGGGGGGUUUCUCCUUAAGCUCAAAUAGUAGAGCAGCUGCUGCUACUGCUUUUAGAUCUCACAUUCCUCAGUUUAACUAGAGGGGAAUUCUGGGGUUACCCUAUGCAUGGAGGAUUAGCAAGACAGCCUCUAGUUCAUUUCAUUCCUGGUCACAGCUGCGUAGAUUACAGUCAGUGGCCUUUGACCUCCAUCAUCUCUAUCCAAAAUCUCAUGGGUUACAUUUAGGCUGCCUGAUCAGACCACUUGAAGCAUCAUCUGCCCACCCUUAAAAAAAAAAAUCUUAUUAAUCUCCCUUCCCAAGCCAGGACACUUUCAUUUGCCCUUCUCUUUAUUUUGCCGCAGUUUCACCACCAGUCCUGAGAAAGGAAAGGAAAGUCCGAAAUAUUUUCUGUCCCAGGUGUGGGAAGGCUGUGGCUGUAGAGAAUGGAAAGACUACAAAUCAGUGGAGUGUCCUUAGCCCACCAGUGCAGAAGGUGUAUGGUAAACAGAGAUUGUUGAAGUACUUGAUUCCCUUCCUUUAUAAAUCCCACUUCCCAGAGGAAUGUGGUUUAGGACUAAUGUCCCAGGCCUUGCUCCAACUUGCAGAAUGCCUAAGCAGCUGCAGCUCUAGUCUUCUCAGCGUGCAAACAGUGUUGAGACUUGCCUUAAGAAUAGCUUUUCAUUGCCCUUCACCCUUUCUGGUUUCACAGCACAAACAGCUGCAGAGCAAAGGAAGCAGCCAAAGACAAAGCCUAGGAAAAUGCACAUCAGCAAAAUGAAUGUGAGCAUAAGAUUCAGUGCCGAGUUUCAGAUGUAUUAGGUGUGUGUGCACCUGCAUGUCUAAUUUGCAUGCACUGGUCCUGCCAUUGUGUGCGCACACUGAGUGAUUGCAUAUGCAAAUUCACCUGAUUAGCGACUUGUGCACACAGGUUCCAUGAUCGCCCAUGCAGCAGCCGUCACUGUGCAUACAAGUUAGGCCCUCAUUUGCACACUGGGCCAUGUAACCUCCAGAGUCAUCUAUACACUGGGGAGAAGGACAUAAGAAAUUUCUGGAGCAGAAAAAGACCCUCUGGCCCAAUGUGGCAGCCAUGUUAACAGUUCUCGUACUGCCCCGGUCUCAGUGGCCUUUCCAUUCCUUUUCUCUCUCCAGAAGCAAAGUUUGGCGUCUCUUGAGCUCAUUUCUGCUAUCAUUGCUGUUCCCUACAGUUUGCUCUAUGUGUUCAUCACACCCACAUCUGAUAGUCCUGCCAGGGUUCCACAUAUAUUCCUAGUUUCCCACUUUCUAGAUUCUUGGUAAUGAACUGAAGCCUGACGGCCAAGAAUUCCCAGGACUGCCCUUUCUCCAGCGCAAUGAUAGCCAAGUGUUAGGCCUCUGAUCUGAUUGAUAGUUUAAUGGUCAGUGACGUAUUUUUCAUA